AUGUCACAUAGAAUUGUAACUUUUCCCAAGUUACAUUCUGUAAAUAAUUUCAAUUAUUUUUUCAAGAACACUAAACGAAAUUUAAUAAUCAACCAAAAUUUUAUAAAUAAUCAAUAUUUACAUCGAAAAAUAUUAGUCCCAAAAUUUAGAAAUAUAGCCUCAAGGACAUCCAACUCAUAUGCCACCACAUCUGCUACAGUAACUAGUUCUAAAUUAGGUAAAGUUUUAUCAUGUCAAGAGCCAGAAGCAAAACUGGCACAGUCCAUUGACUCAACGUCAUCCACUACCACACAUAUUCCAUUUGAGAUUACUCCAAAAGAUCUGAAUCGUGGGAAAGUUCAACCAGUCUCGGUGUUUCCUAAGACUAAAUCGGAUUUGAAAAAUACAUUCACGGCAUAUCUCAAAUUAACAAAGCCAAAUUUAACUGUCCUAGUAACAUUGAGUUCGAUUUGCUCAUAUGCGAUAUCUCCAUUGUCGGUGUCAUUACAUGAGUUGUUAUUUUUGACUGUGGGAACAGCAUUAUGCUCUGGAGCUGCAAAUGCUAUCAAUAUGGGAAGAGAACCUGAGUUUGAUAAACAAAUGCCGAGAACCGUGGGACGUCCUGUUGUGCGGGGUUUGAUCACUCCUAAUCAAGCAUAUAACUUUGCAGCAUUAAGUGGAAGUAUUGGAUGUACAAUGUUAUGGUUUGGUGUUAAUCCUACUGUUUCGAUGCUAGGCUUUGCCAAUAUCGUGUUGUAUGCAUGGAUAUACACCUCAAUGAAGAGAAAAUCGAUCCUAAACACAUGGGUAGGAGCUGUUGUUGGUGCUAUUCCACCAUUAAUGGGAUGGGCUGCAUCUUCCUCCUUGUCUCACCCUGGUGCUUGGUGUCUAGCUGGUCUUUUAUAUGCGUGGCAAUUUCCCCACUUUAAUGCUUUAUCUCAUGGAAUUGCCGAACAAUAUAAAUCUGCUGGUUAUGUAAUGACUGCUGCUGAAAAUCCUCGAUUAAAUGCAAGAGUUGCCUUGCGUUAUUCCAUAUUGAUGUUUCCUUUAUGUUUUGGGUUAAGUUACUUUGGUGUCACUGAUUGGGUGUUCCCAAUAGAUUCAGGUAUUGCGAAUGGUUGGUUGGCAUAUUUAGCAUAUGUGUUUUGGAAGCAACAAGAAAGGAAUUACAAAAAUGGAGCUAAACCAACAGCAGAAGGUUUGGCAUUGGCCGGUAUCCAAGCAAAGAAGUUAUUUUGGUGUUCUGUAUGGCAUUUACCUGCAGUUUUGAUAUUGGCAAUGUUGCAUAAAAAGGAUCAAUGGAAUAGGCUAUUUGAGUAUAUCGGGUUAAAGAAACGUAAUAACCAAUUAUCACCAACAUGA